CUUUCUCUUGGAGAUGCACGGGCGUACUUUCUGUCUACUGCAAAGAAUGAACUCGGUGUUGUUUCUGCAGAAAGCAUUGCUGAUCCCAACAUCCCCACCACGCUCCACAGCCCCAUGGCUCACAUGGGCUUGCUGUGCUCUAAACACUACAAUGCCUGCAUCACCACCCCACUCCUCG